AUUCACAUCUCCUUUCCCAUUUUAAAAACUUUCUUCCUUCCAAACCUGCGGCCACUUUUCUCUUCUCCUCUCUAGUCUCUAAUGCUAUAGCUGUCAAACAGGCACACAAAAACAAAACAAAAGAAUGGUAGGGGGGUCGAUAAGAAAGAAGAACAAGGUGGAAUGGUUGGGAGGAUUGCUUGGGAGUAAAUUCUUCGGGCCGUGCGUUGACCACAUUGACCGCCGGAAAAAUGACCGGAAUAUGUUUUGUAUAGACUGCAACAUCGGUGGUUUCUGCCGGCACUGUAUUAACUCUCCGUCGCAUUCUUCCAUUCGCCACCGUUGGCUACAAAUCUGCAAGUAUGUUUAUCAGGACGUCGUCCGUCUCCAAGAUAUUCAGAAACACCUCGAUUGUUCUCUUAUUCAAACCUACAAAAUCAACAGCGAGAAGGCCGUUCACUUAAACCCACGGCCUCGAUCGAAGGAUAGCAAAACGUGGAGGGCAAAAGGAGGUUCAUGCUGCAAUACAUGUGGGAGGCAUAUUCAAGAAUUCCAAAAUCGCUAUUGCUCUAUUGCAUGCAAAGUUUCUGAUGAUGCAUAUAGAGACAAGAUUCUUUCAUUUCAGAUUUCACACUUUGGUGAAGUGUCCACAAAGGAAAACACAGAAAAUGAGUGUUGCAGUUCCUUAUCUGAGUCUUCUGAGGUAAUUCAAAUAUGGGUAACAGCCACAGGUUUAAAGCCCAAGAAGCAACUACACAAGAGGAAAAGUGUCCCAUGCAGGGCUCCUUUAUGCUAAUACUAAUAAAAAAUUAUAUUGAUAUGAUGUAAUCACUCCUUUUUUUCCUAUUUUAAAUCAUAUUUGUUUUGUGGGAUGGGGAUGUUAACUAAUUCCACAGCAGAGACAAAUAUCCAAGAAGAAUAUAAUCAACCUAGAAAAACAAUUAAAG